AUGGCGGACGCAUCCGCGCAACCUAAGCCAAGCAGCAGUGUCAAGCUUGUGCUGCUAGGAGAGGCGGCUGUGGGAAAGUCUUCCCUUGUUAUGCGCUUCGUGAACAAUGACUUCCAAGAAAACAAAGAGCCAACUAUCGGAGCUGCUUUCCUCACGCAGAAAUGUAAUCUACCGAGCCGUACCAUCAAGUUCGAGAUCUGGGAUACCGCAGGCCAGGAACGUUUUGCCUCGCUUGCACCCAUGUACUAUCGCAAUGCGCAAGCCGCCCUCGUCGUGUACGAUAUCACCAAGCCCUCAUCUCUCACAAAAGCUCAACACUGGGUUGCCGAACUGCAUCGUCAAGCCUCGCCCGGCAUCGUCAUUGCGCUUGUAGGAAACAAAUUCGAUCUUGCCGCUGCUGGUGACGAGGACAGGCCAGAGGAUGCGGAUGCUGCGCCUGCAGCCGAGGGAGAGGAAGAGCAGGCACAAGACGACCAAGACUCCAGGAGAGUGCCCAGCAAGACUGCAAAGGCAUAUGCGGAUGAAGAGAGUUUAUUGUUCUUCGAGACGAGUGCAAAGACUGGCCACAACGUUGCUGAGGUAUUCACUGCCAUCGCAAACGCAAUUCCAGAGGCGAGUUUGAAGGGACCACGCCACGUCGGCGGCCAAACCAACCUGACUAGGCAAGAUGCUGACCGGGUAAACUUGGGCAGCGCGCAGCCACAGGGUCCCAAAGAGGGCUGUGCGUGCUGA